GCGUUUUUUCUUUAAGGAACUGAGUCCAGUUAGUCAGUUGUCAACAGACUGAGCGAGUAAAGGAGGCGUUAAAACAACUUGGUACGUGGAACCCAUAAUACAAACGUUACCAUACGUUCUCGUGUCGGGAAAAUCUUUUUGACUUGCUUUGGAAUUUCAGUUUUGUUCGAUGUAUCCAGACAAACAUGAAGUCCCCUUCACACGAAGCCCCUUGAGCACCAUGGACAUGUGAAACUUGACUCUUCAGUAGGCAGAUGCAAGUCCCAGGCUGGAUUGAAUGGCACUGAGGAUACAAGACUGCGACUCAGUGCGAGUACUGCAAUGACCAGCCAGCAUCCCAGCCAUGCAGAGAGCGCUCACUCCACAGACAAACAGCCACCUGCCGUGGCCCCCAAGCUCCAUGUGCAGCGAUCGCUGUCAAAGGAGACCAUCACCAUCCACUUCUCAGCUUUUGGGAAGGAGGAAGAGGAGGAGGAAGAAGAGCUGUAUACUACAACUGUCUCCACUACCUCACCCACUCAGGAUGACUCAAAUAUUGUGACAGCCUUAGAAGCAAGUGAGGAGAUGUUUGAGGGGGCGCCAUCCGACUCUGCAGCCGAGGUUGCUGUCAUUCCUGAAUCAUCCAGGCUUUCUCCCAUUUCUAGACAUCACACUAAUAGUUCUCUCACACAGACUCCAUCACUGCGUAUUGCUGAGCAGAAAGGUUCAACUUCCAGCUCCUCUCCUACUAAAUCUUUGAGCUUUCCCUCCAGUGACAAACCCUUUCUAAGUCUGGUGAAGUCUCUUUCCUCUGACGCGGAAUCUCGUGACGGAGUCUCUUCCAUUCCUGCUCCCUCAAUAAGGCAUAGGCAUCUCAUGAAGACUCUUGUCAAAUCCUUAUCUUCAGAUACAUCCCAGGACUCACCCUCCUCCUCCACAUCCUACCGUCUUCCAGAAUCCCGCCUUAACCUGCAACUCUUCAAGCAAUUCACACAGUCCCGGAUGCCGUCUGCUUCCAUGUCGUCAGCUGGUGACUCUAAAACUGCCCCUUCAUCUCCAUUAACUUCACCAGAUAACCGCAGCUUCUUCAAAGUCUCAGAUGUUGAGGCACGAAUUGAAGACACUAAGCGUCGUCUCUCUGAAGUCAUCUCCGAACCACUCCAACUGCUGAGUAAGAUCAUGGACGAAAAGAGCAGCAACAUAGUUGGCAGCAGCAUUUACCGGCCGAAGGCCCUCUCUGUCAGUGCCUCAGAACUCUCCAGCAUUGCUUCUAUCAAUGGUCACCUGGAGAGCAACAACAAUUACUGCAUUAAGGAGGAAGAAGGAGGGGACUGGGAGGCAGAGAGCCCCAACAGCGGGUACUCUGGUCCAACUGAAUCCCCAGUUCCCUCCACUGUUGACACUAAGAGCCCCAACAAAUCAUCCUCACUUUCAGUGUCACUGGACAAGUGCUCUAUGUCUGCUCUUGCUAAACAGGAGGAUGAAGACUUUUGCAUCCUUUACAGCGAGGACUUUGAAACGUGUACUGACACGGAAGGUGAUGGUGGUGAUAGGACUGAUGAUACUGGAACUGGUAGUCAAACUAAAGUGCCACUAAGUGGUAGUACUGAACCAUGCAGUGAGGAUGAAUCUGAAAGUACUGAGUUGGUACCUAGUGUUCCACACUAUACUCUCAUCAUCCUCACUUUACUGGUCUAUGGGUAUUUUGUAUUACCUCUUCCCAGUUACAUUGGAGGACUGCUUCUUGGGGUUGGGCUUGGAUUCCUUUUAGCCAUUGGUGUUGUGUGGCUGACAGGACCAAAACCUUCUGGUGGUUUUAGACAUUCCAGACACCAUGGGAAGCUGUGGAAUGUGACCAAGUUGGACAUCAAGGAACCAGAAAUCUAUAAGGGCUGGAUGAAUGAAAUAUCAAACUACGACCCAGAGACAUACCACGCCACACUGACACACUCUGUGUAUGUGCGGUUGGAGGGCUCCAUCAUUCGUCUGUCUAAGCCCAACCACAACAUCGCCCGUCGUGCCACACACAAUGAACCAAAACCCGAUGUCACCUACAUCAGUCAGAAGAUCUAUGACCUUACCAACAGCAAAGUUUACUUAAUGCCUCAGAACCUGGCCAGAAAGCGUGUAUGGAACAAAAAAUACCCUAUCUGCAUUGAGCUUGGCAAACAGGAUGACUUCAUGUCGAAGGCUGAGGGUGACAGGUGGGAAGCCAAUGAGGGUAUGAGUAUAAAGGAGAGAGGAGAGGGGAUUGGAGUAGCGCAGGAGCGAGGGGUUUUGCCUUCCUCCACCAGAGACCUGACCCUUUAUCUGUUCGGAAGGACUGGGAGGGAGAAGGAGGAGUGGUUCCAGCGGUUUCUUUCAGCUUCCAGACUCAAGGCAGACUUGAAGAAGUCCUCCAGUGUUGCGGGGAGUAAGACCGCUCUGAGCUCUCACAGUCGCAGCAGCAGCCGCAGCAGUCUGGAUGAGGCGCUGAUAUCUCAGCCCAGGUCAAAAGACUCCUCAGUUUCCUCAUCAGCAGGCAGUGCCAAAACCAAGCUGCCACUGGACUACAGUGUCUAUAUGGCUUCUUUACUGCCAGAACAGGCAAUAGUUAGCCCUGCAGCUACCAGCCCUGCUGUCCAGAGUCCUCAGAGCAGCCCAGGAGCUGACAAGAAGCUUCAGAGCACAACUUCAGCUCAGGUGCAGCCCACGGGGGAGGAGGAAGAUGCUGUUGCCUGGGUGAAUGCGGCUCUCGGUCGGGUCUUCUGGGACUUUCUGGGUGAGCCCUAUUGGGCAGAACUGGUCUCCAAGAAGAUUCAGAUGAAGCUCAGCAAGAUACGGUUGCCUUACUUCAUGAAUGAGCUAACCCUAACAGAACUGGACAUGGGCAUAGUCACUCCCAGAAUCCUUGGGGCAUCCAAACCUUCCAUUGACUACCGAGGUCUGUGGUUUGACCUGGAGAUUUCCUACAGAGGCUCUUUCCUGAUGACACUGGAGACUAAGAUGAACCUCAUUCGCCUGGGCAAGGAGGGAGACAGCCUCCGCUUAGGGGAGUUUGGCAAAGAUGGAUACAGGCCGCGGACUUACUGCCUGGCUGAUAGUGAUGAAGAGUCAUCCAGCGCAGGCUCAUCAGAUGAGGAAGACUCCUCAGAGCUCUCAAAUGACUCUGCUGGAGCAGAGGGUUUGGUUGGAGGCCACAAGCCGAGCAAGAUCAUGCGCUUUGUGGAUAAGAUUACCAAGUCCAAAUACUUCCAGAAGGCCACAGAGACUGAGUUUAUCAAAAAAAAGAUGGAAGAGGUGUCCAACACACCCCUCCUUCUCACAGUGGAGGUGCAGGAACUCCAAGGAACGCUGGCUGUCAACAUACCCCCUCCACCCACUGACAGGAUAUGGUAUGGCUUUAGGACACCGCCUCACCUGGAACUGAAGGCACGACCCAAACUGGGAGAAAGAGAAGUCACUCUGGCUCAUGUCACAGACUGGAUAGAAAAAAAACUGGACCAGGAAUUCCAGAAAAUCUUUGUUAUGCCAAACAUGGAUGAUGUGUGGCUGACCAUCAUGCAUUCUGCCAUGGACCCACGCACAGCAGGCGGGCCAUUAGUCGGCCCCUCGGUGGACCCAGAGCCUUCCCAGCCAGACAGGGACAGCUCCAGCCAGCCAUGAAGAUUGUUUACAGUAUUUCAUAGAGCUUAUGAAGUCUCAAAAUGGGAACCGGAGCCAAAGUUGAUAGGUCAGACACUACUGUAAUACAAACACAUUCCUGUAGCGAGAGUUCACAUUUACCAUAGAGGAGAACUUUAAAGGAACAAGGUAGAGUUAACCAAGGAAACACUAAAGACAAACUGUUGCUUGCUGCUCUGUUCAGUAGUAUUUAUGGUGCCAGAGGAAAAAGUGAUUUAUCUUUGAAGGAUUUAUAUAUACAGUAAGGACCUAUUGAAUAGGCACUGAUAUGUGAAGAGAGCUAUGUUUGGCUCAAAAUUGGGGGUGGUUUAAGUUAAUAAGGGGCAUAUGUGGGAAUAUAUAAGUUUAUAAUGUCCUAUGAACAUUGUUGUGGAAGCAUUCACCAGAUACCUUACAGCCUGCAGAUGACGAGUUUCUGUUAAGGCUUGAAAACGAGAGAGCACAGUAGCCCCUUUUACUAAAGAAAUACAACAUGAAAGAUUUACAGUAUGGUAGUAUGUUGAAGGUGUUAAAUGGUGAAUGGAUUAAUGAGUGAAGGAGAGUUGUUGUUUCCAUUGUUGAGAAUUAAGUGUAAGCAGGUGUAUUGGAAAAGCUCAGAUACUUGAUGCUACGUUUAUUUACCAUAAAACGUUAAACCUUUAAGUGGCUUUAUGUGAGCGGUUUUUGAUCAGGUGUUAACUAACAGUAUUCAUUUGUGCUGACCACACCCUGAACACCCUAUUCUUUUGCCAAACUCCUCUUUCUAUGCCAAUGAUGCUGUUAUCCAUGUCUAUGUGGAAAUAAUGCUCAUGAGCAAACAUACAUUAUGUAGAAGAAAUGGUCAUUCACUAUGUAAAUUCCAAUGACAAAUACACAAACACAAUGAGUGCAAUGAUAGAAAUGCUACCCAGGCUUUAGUAUGAUUUUUGUAUAGAUAUUAAAGUGGAUGCCUAAUGACAAAUACAAGGCCUCUAAAAAGUCUAUUGAAUGUAUGGAUAUUUUUGGUUUCUUUUGUUUUUGUGAGAAAAAAGAGUUUUUCCCAGUCACUUUUUGACUGGGGUAUGCAAAUUAUUGCACAAAUAUAAGUGAUUAUUUUUUUUAUUUUUGUUUUCUUCUGAUAAACACUAUCUCAUCUUGCAUAUCUUUUUCCAGAUGUGUCAUUCAGUUGUAAUGUUUAUGGAGUACCAGGUGGUGUAUUUAUCCAUUUUGAUGAUGAUAUUUAAAGUGACUUUAAAUAGCCACAUGUGACAGUGCUUAAAAAAAGACUCUACCCACCAUACUGUAUGUAGAAAGACACUCAAUGUAGUUAACAACACCUGGAUGAAGUUAAGGUACGUACUAGUACAGUAGUAGGACAUCUAUUGCCAAGAAUGUAUAGUCUUAUUUACAGGUGCCCUUUCUGAGAAUACCUUUUUAACUAUAUUUCUAAUCUUAACCAAAGUCCUUUGAUUAGACCUAUAGUGCCAGAUUUCUCUCUGCUCAAAGGUCCCAUAGUGCUAUAUCCUGUACUGAUAUAGCAUCCUGAGGUAAUAUUCACAUAUGUGCUAAAAUACCUGCAUUAACAUUGUUUACAGGAAUUCUUACCUAGUUUUCAGAUUGUCUUUCUCCUUAUGCCUUGGUUACUUUUCGUUGAGUAUUUGUUUUGAGUGACUACAUGAGAUGGGCUAUGGUUGUAUUUUUUUUGUCUACUUCUUUGGAAUAAACAGAAUGAAAUAAGAUUUUUGAGGAUAUAUGAAGAUUAUGUUGUGAUUUGUAUCUGUGAAUUAUUAAUGACUUUUUAAAAAUUAAAAUGUAAUUUUAAGGCCAAAUGCAGUGAUUAUGUGUGUCUGCCUUAUUUAUAGAGCAAAAUAAAUCUCUGUCAAUGAAAGUCUUUCUGUUUUCUGUCGCUUCAAAUUUUGUAUCCUGAAUUGUUGACACAAAUCUUGCUUAUUAUGUAUUUAUUUGCUCUAGAUUGAAAUAAAGCUUUUUCUAGCCAGG